AUGAAGACCUAUCUACCAACGAGCCAAACCAGCAGCAAAAAAAUUCACAAAAUCCAGCCUCGCUCCAAGCUGAAGACCCGUACCUUUCGAUAUGACCGACGAUUUCCGCCUAAGGCGCCUCACAACACAACUCAAUAUUUAAUUGAAAAAUCACCUCAAAUCCUAUGGGACCCUGACGAAAUUAUUGGUACAAUGAUUUACUCUAAUAAGCUGCUUUUAAAUAAAAUUUUUACAUAA